CUACACCCCCUCGCGUCACCAGAGCUCAUGGCCGCGCAAUGCUUUAAAAGCAGGAGUGUAACAUAAAGCCGCAUUUCCAGCACAAGCAGGACAGAGAGAAGAGAAGUUCAGCAAUGGCAAGAACCAAGCAGACCGCUCGUAAAUCCACCGGUGGUAAAGCCCCGAGGAAGCAGCUCGCUACUAAAGCAGCGCGGAAGAGCGCGCCAGCCACCGGCGGCGUCAAGAAGCCCCAUCGUUACAGGCCCGGGACCGUGGCUCUCCGAGAGAUCCGCCGUUAUCAGAAGUCCACCGAGCUGCUGAUCCGCAAACUGCCUUUCCAGCGGCUGGUGCGAGAAAUCGCUCAGGACUUCAAGACGGAUCUGCGCUUCCAGAGCUCCGCUGUCAUGGCCCUGCAGGAGGCCAGCGAGGCUUAUUUGGUCGGUCUGUUCGAGGACACCAACCUGUGCGCCAUCCACGCCAAGAGAGUCACCAUCAUGCCCAAGGACAUUCAGCUGGCCCGCCGCAUCCGCGGAGAGCGCGCUUAAACCCGCAUCAGCGCAUCACACCCCAACGGCUCUUUUAAGAGCCACCAAAACUGAUCUGAAUGAGAUCAUUUCCAUCAACAGUUAUUACAGAAGUUUUGGCGUUUGUGUCAAACCAAAGUGUCAGAUCAAUAUCUACAGAUUAUAAAACAUUUGAGGGUUUUUUUUUGUCCCCCUCCAUUUAAACUCGUUAUCACUUAGAGAAUUUAAAAUGAUGACUUACCUGUAUAAUGUGAAAUAAUGCAAUAUAGAGUAACACAUUUUGAGUGAGUACAUGCCUGAUAAAUUAUUUAAUAUCUAAACUUUUAGUAAACACUGGAUAGCAUUUGUUUCACAUAAUUUUAAAAAUGUUUUUUAAAUGUAUUCAGGGACAAUAUUAUAUUAAUUUAAAAUACAUGCAGACAGUGAAGUUGUGAAAGUAUCGAACAUAAUCCUGCAUUUUAGCACUAUAGUUUAACAUUAAAAUAAUUCUGUCUGGGUCUCAAUUGUUUGGCAUUUCUAAAUUUCCUUUACUAAAGAGGUAAAAAGAACAACAUUCAUGUACAAACACAAGCAGAAACAAGAUAUAACACAGAUGUGCCACAAUAUAAUCAUUUUACUUUAAUAUCCCUCUUUGUUUACUUUGUUGAGCU